AUGGCCCCCCUUGCCCCUGUCAGUACCAAGACCCCCUCUUCUAAGAGAAAGGCGGCCAAAAUCGAGCAAGCCGCUGGAGCCCUGUCCCCCACAGCAACCCAUGUGGCGGAAAACUCAGGGGCGGAAGAGAACGCUGGCAAUACCGCGGUGGAGUCGACCGGCGAGGAAGAUAACAAUGAAGAGGGGGAGGAGGAUGAUGCGGAUACCAUCACCGCCCGUCCUGCCAAAAGGAUCAUGUCCCACAUCAUCAGGGACGAAGACUCCAACAUGAGGGAGAAAUCUCCGCCCCAGCAGGAGAAAGAAGACGUCAGGCCCGACGUCAGUCACCUCCAGGAGCCGACCGACUUGUGGUCAAAAGCAAGAGCAGCGCUCUGGCAAAAGACCCCGCUCCAGAUUUGA